AUGUCGAUCGCUGCGCCGAGCCGGGCGCGUGAGCAGGUACUAAGCGCCCAAUUUAAUCAAGACUUUAGCUGUGUAGCCGUCGGCACCACCGCAGGCUACCUCAUUGCGAAUUGUGAGCCCUAUGCACAAGUGCAUGCCAAGUUGCAAGGACCUACGACCCUGCUCCGUAUGCUGUUUAGCACAAGCUUAGUGACGCUUGUUAGUGGCCCAGAGGCCCGCAACCAAGCGGCAGAUCGUCGAUUGCAAGUGCUGAAUACCAAGCGGCAGUCGGUCAUUUGUGAGCUUUCCUUUCCAUCCCGUAUCUUGGAUGUACAUCUGAAUCGACGGCGUCUGGUCGUAGUACUGGAAGAUUCACUGUAUGUGUACGACAUUAGCAAUAUGAAACUCCUGCAUACAAUCGAGACAGGGCCCAAUCCUUUGGCGGUGUGUUCCCUGGCCGCCACUUCAGACGCAUCGUACUUGGCAUACGCAGCGCAAGGGGCGCCCUCUACGGCGCAUGAUGUGGACCAUGGAACUAGAGGCCAUGUCCUCAUCUACAACCUUAUGACGCUCAGUGUGGCUCAUGUCUUUGAAGCACAUCGGUCUCGCAUUGCGUGCGUUGCCAUGAAUGCAUCCGGCACUAUGCUGGCCACUGCCAGUGAGAAAGGGACGAUCAUCCGUGUAUUUUCCGUGCCAGAUGGUCGUCCCAUGUACCAAUUUCGACGUGGUUCGUACGCGGCACGUAUCUACCAAAUGACAUUCAAUGCGGCCAACACACUGCUGUGUGUCACGUCCGACUCAGGCACGGUCCAUAUCUUCCGCCUCACACCCACGACAAAGAACGAUAGCCCGGAAGCAGCUUUGGAGGCUAAGCAGCGCUUAUCGCUUUUCUCGCAAUGGCGCAAGCAGAGCACAGCGAUGGCGGGGGCGUUAGGGACGUACUUGCCCUCAACUUGGCAGGACAUGUGGGAACCGUCGCGCGAUUUUGCGUGGCUCAAGCUGCCAUCGCCCAGCCAGCGUGCUGUGGCUGCGAUCAACAAUACGCUCCCGAUCGUCAUGGUACUUUCGCAUGAUGGACACUUGUACACGUAUGACUUGGACUUGGAACGAGGCGGCGAAUGCCGCCUGACAAAGAGUACGUAUGGCACGAUUCACUGA